UUGCAUUUGCAUGGUCUGCGGUGGAGGAAAUCUCCGCGCGCAGAAGGGCAUUAGGAUUAUUUGUAGAUGCGACAUGUUUCUAUUUUUGCGCUUUGCCUUUGACUCGGGAAGCAGUCUGUGGUGUCUGUGAUGGAAAAAAGAGAAAAGAAACAGUGUGUGAGCCACAAACCGGCGUCACUGUCACCUCUGUAAAAGUGUCAGGACAUGGCAGUGCCUCUACCACCAUGUGUCAUCGACUAUGGGACAGGCUACACGAAGAUCGGCUAUGCUGGGAACACUGAGCCGCAGUUUAUCAUGCCAUCCUGCAUUGCGAUCAGAGAGACAGCUGGAGUUGGAGACCAGGCUCAGAGACGCCUCGUGAAGGGAGUGGAUGAUCUGGAUUUCUUCAUUGGGGACGAAGCGCUCGACAAGCCCAACUACGCAACCAAGUGGCCCAUCAGGCAUGGUAUCAUCGAGGACUGGGAUCUGAUGGAGAAGUUUAUGGAGCAGGUUAUUUUUAAAUACCUCCGAGCUGAGCCGGAAGAUCACAACUUCCUUGUGACAGAGCCUCCUCUGAACACACCAGAGAACAGAGAAUAUUUAGCCGAGAUCAUGUUUGAAACGUUCAACAUUCCAGGCCUUUACAUCGCCGUCCAGGCUGUUCUGGCUCUAGCGGCCUCAUGGACGUCCAGGCAGGUCGGAGAGCGAACUCUAACAGGGAUCGUCAUUGACAGUGGAGAUGGAGUCACGCAUGUGAUACCUGUGGCAGAGGGCUACGUGAUUGGGAGCUGUAUAAAGCACAUCCCUAUAGCAGGCCGAGACAUCACCUACUUCAUCCAGCAGCUCCUCAGAGAGAGAGAGGUCGGGAUUCCUCCUGAACAGUCUCUGGAGACCGCAAAGGCAGUCAAGGAGAGGUACUGCUACAUCUGCCCAGACAUUGUGAAAGAGUUCACAAAGUACGACACAGACCCAGGGAAGUGGAUAAAGAAAUAUAAAGGCAUCAAUGCCAUCAGCAAAAAUGAGUUUCUCAUAGACGUGGGAUAUGAACGCUUUCUUGGACCAGAGAUUUUCUUCCAUCCGGAGUUUGCCAACCCGGACUUCGUGGAACCCAUUUCAGAUGUUGUAGAUGAGGUCAUUCAAAGCUGUCCAAUAGACGUGAGAAGACCUCUUUACAAGAAUAUAGUGCUCUCUGGAGGAUCCACUAUGUUCAGGGACUUUGGUCGACGGCUACAAAGGGAUCUGAAGCGUGUAGUUGAUGCCAGACUCCGACUCAGUGAGGAGCUCAGUGGAGGUCGGAUAAAGCCUAAACCAAUCGAGGUACAAGUGAUCACACAUCAUAUGCAGAGAUAUGCUGUCUGGUUUGGAGGGUCCAUGUUGGCCUCUACGCCCGAGUUCUCCCAAGUGUGUCACACAAAGAAAGACUACGAAGAGCACGGUCCCAGUAUCUGUCGCCAUAAUCCAGUGUUCGGUAUCAUGUCCUAAAGGUGGACUUCUAGAUGCAGUCCUGGAUUCAGUGCUGUGAUCAUCACUCUACUUCUAUAAAAGCAAAACUUAUUUAGUAUGAGAUCAUAAAGGGAAUAUAGAAUGAACAGGGAUUUCACAUUUAUCACAGAGAAUAUAGACAAGACCUUCUGUCCUCUUCAGAUUCCUGCACUUGCAACAGCACAAAUACAGCAUCAAAGUCAGAAAAACAUAUAUCCAUGUAAGAGAAGCCAUACACUGAUGACUGUUUCCUUUGCAUCAAGCUCGCUUUUGUGUGAUAGGAAAUUUUAAGGAUGAUUUUAUGCAGUCACUUUGCACAUGGCUUAAAGCUUGUUGUGAAGAUAAUGUAUAUACAAUAGACACUUCUAUAUUAUGUGAGUAUUUGAAAAUUAGUUUAUAUUUGUAACAGAGAUAAUAGUUUAUGAGACGGGGACAGGAUAAAGAUUCACAUUAAAUAAUGCAUGGGUUUGAGAUAAUAUAUUCUUACAGGAGAGAAGGAAGGAUAUUUAAAAAGUGUUUAUUUAACUUUUUCAAUGUAUAAACAAUACAGUUAAGCCUGUUUUUUCCUCAGAUGUGCAUUAUUAAUUGUUUAGUUAAACAGUGACCAAUACAGAAGCAAUAUUGAUCUGAUUUAAAGCGUAGAUUAAAGGAGAGCUCUGCUCUGUCCAAUCCAGAGUGAAAAUCUUUACACUACAAAAUUGAUCUAUCUCUAAAUCUGUCUCUGAAUAUUGCUUUACUCUCGCGCUCUCUCUCUCUCUCUCUCUCUCUCUCUGACACAUCCAUUUUCAGACCCGUGUCUAAACCUGCUAAUGAUUUUCAAUACAGAACCCUGACUAUCAGAGGUUAUGGUGGCUGAUGUGGUUAAGGCUUUGGCGCCAGAGCAGGAGAGCCUCAAACACAAACAUAAACUUUAUGGAUUAGAAUGAUAUUUUAGGAUACUGAUGUUCUCGUGUAUUGUUGUCAUUAUGGUAAGAAAAGAUGAUGCGUAACCCGCUUGUACGAUAGAGAACAGCCCGCUAUAACAAACAGCAUUGGGUCAGUUUUAAAUGCUUAUCCAGUAUGUUUAAAAAGCAUCCUUUUGGCAACCACGAAGUAACUAAAGGCUUCAGUUUCUCAAAAAGAAAUCUAAUGUUUCUCAAAUAAAUACUGUCUACACUGGGGGCUUGUUGGACGGGAAUCAGGGAAAAAAGUCAUUCAAAUGAACCCAAUCCCCAAGUCAGGAUAAACUGGCUAACUUUAUUUUUGCAUAUGACACAAUAUUAUGAUGUAUUUAUAAAUAAAUAAACUCAUUAUCCAAUAAUGGGAUGAUA